AUGCCGGGCCCCGGCCCCGACCCGCCGCCGCCUCCCCGGAGCAGCGCGGCCGGGGCCCGGGGGCGGCUCGGGCCCCCACCCGCGGGCCAGGGCUGCGCGGCGGGGCUCGAGCGCCCGGCGCUGGGGGGCCCGCGUGCGCACGCACCGUCCGAGCCACGCGGGCCCCGAGGGGCCGAGCAAGCCGCGGCCGCGCCGCUCGCCGCUGCCCCUUCGCGUCUCUCCGCUGAGGGCGCCCUGGCGAAGAGGCUGCAGGCUCCGCCGGGCGAGAAAAACCCCAAUGAGACGUCUAAGUCGUCCAGAAAGCGCAAGGCGCUGGAGAUUCUUGGGACGCGGGCUCUGCGGCUCCGCGGUCAUCUCCCGCCCCCUGCGGGCCGCCCCAGCCGGCCGGCGGCCCCCGGGCACCCGCCGGGCCUUUCCCGCGCAGCGGGCACGGCUGCGGCCCUGCCAGCCGGCCGGGAUUCUCCGGCACCUUCCUUUGUCCUCGCCCUCGCCCGAGCAGAGGCUGCGCCCCGCGGCCGCCCCCCGGUGCUUGGAACACCAGAGCCGGCCGCGCAGAAGACGAGAACGCGCGGCCACGGCGCCCCAGCUGCCCCGGAGUCCCGCAGGCCCCGGAGCUGCGGCGUCGCCACCCGCCGCGCGCCGGCCGCACACCAAGCCCCCCACCCCGGCGCGCCCCGCGCCGCAGCCCCGGGCAAGGCCGGCCGGCGCCAGGACGCGGAGCGAGCGCCGCGGCGGGCAGAGGCCCGCGCCGGCCCCAGAGCCGCCCAGGGGCGCGUGCCAGAAGGGCCGGACCCCCAGCUCAGGCCUCUCUCCGGGGCGCGACCCCCGCCUCCUCCGCGGCCUGAGGCGCGCUGGCCGCGCGGAGCUGCCCCGGGCCGGCUUUGUUCCCAGCGUUCGAGUCCCGCGACGCGUUCUCUCUCGCCUCCGUUACCCAAGCGCAGGCCCCUCCGCGGCUGGGGGGCGGCGACCGAGCUGCCGGCCGAGCCCGAGGCAGGCGCGCACCGGGCUCGCGCACCGGGCGCCGCGGAACCCGCUCCCUACGAAACCGGGCAGCGGAACGGAGCCGCGGCCGCCCGCGCGCCGCGGCGGCGGAGGCGACUCGAGCCCGCCCCGUCCGGGGCCGCGCGCAAACCUGCAGCCCAGCGCGGCCGGCCGCGGGCCCCGCAUACUAAUCAGCUCGUGCCACUCGGCCCCGCGCAGCCCGCGCGCUCAUUGGCCGCGCCGCCCUGGGCGCCCGGGCGCUCGUGCCGCUCGCUCGGCGUAAACAGGCCUCGCCAUAGGCGGGCGCGCGGCCAGCCAGCUGCCAAUCAGGCCGCCGCGGGGCGACUCCCGGGCCCGGUGGCGCCGAAUUCAAGCCGCGCCACUGCGCAGCUGCUCUGCGCACCUCGGUGCGGGGCCGGCGCGGGGCGGGGGCGCGCGCGCGCCCGGGCCCUGCCCGAGUCCGGCGCGCUGACCGUCCCGCCGCGGGCGCACGCUCCCCCGGACGCGGCACACGCCUGGUUUUUGUUUUAUGGGGAUGCCUCUGGCAGGUGGCGGGAGCGGGCAGAGCUCCCCUCCCAGCGCCCCCGGGGCGGCCCCGGCUGCUCCCCGGGCGCAGGCUUCUGGGCCGCUGCUGCCCCACGGCCCCGCGGACCACCCCGGGCAGAGCGGCUCGCGGGAACCGCCGUGGCGGUAAAAACGCGCGUGGCCUUCCCCCACGCCGCGCUCCUGCACGCUCGCGCCACCGGCCGCGCCUCCCGGUCCGCCGGACGGGCAGCGCGCUCCGCGGACGGGCUGCGGACUGUGGCUCACAAGCGGGUGUCCGCUCCUCCGCGGCGCCGGGCCGUGCAGGUCCAGCCCGGGAGGCGAAGGGGGCCGGACUUCUAUUCCCCGUCCUGA